AUGAACGACAACACCCGGAGGGGCUGUGCCCCGAGACCGAGCCCCAGCAAAGCGAUGGCGAUGCGGUCUCUGGUGUCCGAUUCCCUCCGCUGCCCAGCCCGGUGGUCAGCGCGGGAAGACCCGGCAGCACCGACGGGCAGCGGGGCCGCUGAGGCGGCACCGCGAGCGGGGGCCGCUCCCCCCGCCCGGCUGCGCAGCAAUCCUAAGUGGCUGCGGGCGCUGUCCCGGGGACGGCGCGGAGGAGGAGUCCCUCGAGGCCCGGGCCUGCUCGACAAAGGCGGAGCCAGCGGGCAGUCCCAGGGCCGCCCCCGGCCCAGCGGGGGGCUCUUCUACGGCUGUGCAGGCGGGCUGGGGCUGGGCGCGGGCGCUCGACAAGAUGGCGGCUGGGCGCGAUGGCUGGCGCGGCUUGUGGCCCCCUGCUCCCGGGCGCCCGCGGGCUUACAUGGCUGGAGAGAUCCUGCUCUUUGUCUCUGCUUCUCCGCCCUCACCGUCCUGGCCGUGCAAGGGAGCCUGUUGGAAGGGGAUUCUCUGGACCUGAGCUGUAGUGCUGGUCCUGCAAAGGUGAUACUGGAGCCAAACCAAGAAGUGGUUUUGGACUGUAACCUGACCCCUGCUGAGCAAGUGAUCAACAUCACAUGGAAGAAGAAUGGGUUUCCAUUAGUGGAGCAGGAACAUCUCCACGUGCUUCCGAAUGGAUCGCUCUUCAUCUCAUCCCAGGCUGUGGCAAAGGACAGUAAAAAUCCCAGUGCUGAGGGGAAUUACUCCUGUGUGUCUCACAGCUCCCUAGGGACUGUCACCAGUCAGACGGCUGCAGUCAGGUUUUCAACAUUGUCACGCUUUUUCCAGCAACCGGAGUCGCAGACGGUGGAAGAAAAUGGCAUGGCCCGGUUUGAGUGUCGGAUCGAAGGGCUGCCCUCCCCUGUCAUCACGUGGGAGAAGGACCAUGAACCUGUUCCAGCAGAACCCAGGUUUAUAACUCUUCCCAAUGGUGUCCUCCAAAUCGUGGAUGUGCAGGAGAGUGAUGCCGGGGCUUAUCACUGCGUGGCCACCAACGCCGCCCGAAAGCGCUACAGCAACGAUGCCACCCUGAGCGUGGUGAAAGCUUUUCAAGGCUGAAACUGUGGUAAAAUCCCUCUUCUGGUGACUGGCAGCACUACCAGGCAGCUGAGGGACCAAGUGGUACAGGACAAGUGCCUUCAGGUGAAGUUUCUACAACCUGUAAGUGCUUUUGCCAGUCAGCA